AAAAAAAAAAAAAAGUUGUGCCACUUAUUACGUUUCACAAAGGCUGCCUAUAUAACGGCACCUGCGCAGGAGGCUGGAACUAGUUUGUGGAGGUGCAGCCUGUUAGAAUAGUUGGACGUUGCGGAAGGACGUGUAAAUUCUCCCUUUGGCCUGGUUCUCUUCAGCCUCCUGGUUUUUCGCGUCUGUUCCGGACGAGGGGGCGGUGGGGUGGCGACACGUCAUAUCAGCCGCCGCGCUCUGAUUGGCUGCCGAUUCUCACCCGACACAGCUGUGAUUGUUUUCUGCAGAGGAAGCUCUUGCCCCUGGUAUGAUCUCCGUGCUGUGGAAUGGAGCAGCAGCACCGUGUUUGUGUUUCUUCGCCUUUCAGUGUAUGUCUGCUGACGAUGAUGUGAACAAACAACGUGAUUGCAGUCCUUAUUGUAACAAGCAGGAAAACAAGAAAGCCACCCCGGUUUGAUCAUUGGCGGAGGCGCGAAUGAACAGGAGUGGAGGUUUCUGUUCGGACCAGGUACUGAAGACGUCUGGUGAUCAAGCCCAAAAGUGCCAAAUGCCCAGACUAGAGGACCACUGCUGGAGCUGCUCCUGUGCAUCAAAGGUUGAAACUAAGCAUUCAUCUGUAGCGAACUGGUUAGCAUCCAAAGCUGAAGAAAUGAUGUCCAUCAUCACCUCGGUGCUCAGCAAUGCCUACGGCUCUCUGCACGACGUCCGGACGGCCAACCUGAUCCGCCGGGGUCUCGUCCUCUUCACCGUCGGAGCUUUCCUCGCCCUGGUGCUCAACUUGCUGCAGAUACAAAGAAAUGUUACGCUGUUUCCCGAGGAGGUGAUGACAACUUUGUUUUCCUCUGCCUGGUGGAUCCCUCCAUGCUGCGGCACAGGAGCCGCUGUUGUUGGCCUGCUGUAUCCCUGCCUCGACAGCCAUUUGGGAGAGCCGCAUAAGUUCAAGAGGGAGUGGGCCAGCGUCAUGAGGUGCAUCGCGGUGUUUGUCGGCAUCAAUCACGCCAGUGUCAAACUAGACUUCGACAACAACGUGCAGCUGUCCCUAACUCUGGCAGCCUUGUCUUUGGGCCUGUGGUGGACGUUUGAUCGGUCCAGGAGCGGCUUUGGUCUGGGCAUCACCACUGCCUUCCUAGCUACUGCGUUCACACAGCUGCUGGUCUACAAUGGAGUUUACCAGUAUACAUCUCCAGACUUCUUGUAUGUACGCUCCUGGCUUCCAUGCAUAUUCUUCUCAGGUGGUGUUACGGUGGGGAACAUUGGACGGCAACUUGCUAUGGGUGGCGUUGAGAAACCCCACAUGGACUGAACGCCAGAAACACACAAAACCAGACAAAGGACGGCUAAUGUAAAAAUGGACAAGUUGUGUGAAGAAUGAGAAGAGUAACAAGAGGAAAAAAGACUCAAAAAAAGAUUGUUUUGACCUCAUCUUUUGUUCUCAUAACAAGGUGCGAGUCAGAAAAGCCCCUCAUCUAACGUGCCAUGUCCUCUGCACCUCCUUGUGGACAGACAACCUCUCCUUCCCGCCUCUGUCGUAUUCCGAUAGCAUUAAGGUGUCCUUCACAGUAGACAGGAGGAGAGUGAUUCCUUUUGUUUGUUUUAUUUUGUUGUGAAGUGCACAGGUUUUAUUUUAUGCUGGAAGUGCGUGUCUUUCUGCAGUUUAUGGAGUGGAAGUGUGUGUGCGCUUUAGCGUGGCUUUGUCUUUAGCACAGAGUGUAUGAGGGGGUGUGAUGUCUUUUUUUUUUUUUUUUCUUGUGUGUUUUUUCUGAAUUUAUUAUGAUCAUAAAAGGGAAAUGUUUGUAUGAACGGGCAAAAAAAAAUGUCUUCACUCUCACAUAGAAAUGUAUUCAGCGGCCUCAGUGGCAUCACCGAGGCAGGUGGGGGAGAUGUGUGUUCCCAGGUAAACCAAAUUAAGUAUUUAUUUUAUACCUUUUGAAUGACCCAAAACCAAAUGUACUGUAUGUUUGAUAACGAAUGACGCUUCCACUUUUGAAUGGAAUAGUUGAGUUGAGAUGAGAUGAUUGAUACCAUUCUCACACCUGUACAGUAAAUAUGUAGCUGAAGCCUGCAGCUGGUUAGCUUAGCUUAGCACAAAGACUGGAAAUAGCCUGACUUCUGUAGGAAACAAAAGCCACCUACCAGCAUUUUAAAGUUCACUAAUUAACACGUUCAUCUUGUUUAACUCAGAAUUAAAAAGUAAAGCUAACCUUUGCUGGCAUAUGGACACAAGUGGUAUCAGUCCUCUCAUUUAAGCUGAACUAUUCCUUUAAAGUGACUGAAGCAUAGAGAUUAGGAGUGCCAACUACCAAUUUGUGCUGGCUGAUAUUCAUUUAUAUGAUGAUGUGAGGUACACCUCCAGUGUUCAGAGAGUUGUGGGAAUUAGUGGAAGUUCUCAUGAGUCGUAUCUUACUCACAGAUUUCUGCCAACACAAUGUCAUGAUGUACCUGUUGGAAAAUUACUCCAAGACCCUUCAGUGUGUUGUUUUGUCUGUUUCAGACAAGCAAACAAGAGUGUUCAGUAAGGGUGAGGACGAAGUAUGUCAGAGCGAUAGUGUAGAUUAAAAGGCAAGUGCAGACAUACUGUGUUUUGACAGAAUGUACUGAGAGUGUAGUACAACAGCUCGCCAUCAUUUGAAAUUUCCAGGGGAUGAUGCCCCCCCCUUUGUGACCAGGUGUUAAAUGUCUUGUGAAGCCGACCUGUGACUCCCAUCGAGAAAAACAUUUUAAUUGUGCAAUGGUACACAUUUUCCCACUUCAGUUCGUGUUUUAAAACUUCAGCUCUAAUCUUUGGGACUUACACUGGGUUGAAGGGGAGGGCAGGACAUUUUUCCUUAAGAUUUGCAAUCUGUGAUUGCCUGUGUAUUAUAGAAUGUAGUGCUUUUGUCACUAUAACAGUUUAGUUUUAUCAUUUGUACAAAUAUGACAUUAUUGCUUGUAUGUGUAAUGGCUUGCCGAUGUAAUCAGACAGGUGUUAUUACCAUUUUAGACCUACAGUAUGUUAGUGUUUGGGGGUCUAUAGGAUUAAGUGCAAUCAGAGUAUACAUGAGCCGAUUAUUCUUCCUUAUUUAUUAUUAUUUCUGACAAUGGCUAAAAAAAAAAGGUAACUUGUUGUAAGUAUAUGCAGCGUGGAUACUACAAAAAAAGCAAUAACAUGUUUUGUUUUUUGUGAAGAAGAUUUUUUUUUGGUCAGAGAUUACAUGCCUUUUAGAGUCAAUACCAAUGACUCUCACCGGAGAGACAACAUAAGAAAAUAUAUUGUGUCAAACUGU